AUGGUCUCAGAGAGGGCAGUCGCCGGCGCACUGGCCUUUGAUUGGCUGGAGUGCGGCAGCGCACGACUCCGAUUGGCUGGGGCUCUCAGAGCGACGCGUGGCCACCUGCUGGAGGGACAAGGCUUCCGCGAGCUGCGCGCGAGGGGCCCUGGCGCGGCUGCUGUGGCCAAGCUGGCUGCCCAGCUUCCCCGCUCCCGCUCGCAUCCGCGGCUGGCCCGCGCCCGCGUCCACUCGCGGCUGGGCCGGUCCCGCGUGUCGCUGUCCCUGACCCCGCCGCCCGCGCCGUCCCUGCCGCAUCCGCCUUUGCCGGGACUCCCACCGGGCCUGAGCCCUGCGCCGCCGCCGCCGCCCUCGGCGCUCGCCCUGGCCGAGCUGCCGCCGCUGCCUGCACUCCCACUGCGGCCAGCGCCGCCGGCUCCCUGGGGCCCAGGCGCCCACGUGGCGCUGCCGGAGCUGCCGCCCGAGGCCUGCGUGCCCGCGCCACCCGCCGCCGCGCUCGCCCUGCAGGACCUGCCGCGGCUCCCCGCGCCCGCGCCGCCGCCCGCGCACCUGCCACUGCCGCCGCUGCCAGAGGCCGCGGUCGCCGCCACUCCCGGUCCCGUGGGCGCGCGCGGCCGCCCGCCCCUCAUCGCCGAGUCACCCCCGCAGCCGCUGCCGCCGCUGCCUGCACGGCCCUCGCCCUUCAACCUGCUGGCGCCCCCAGUGCCUCGAGACCCCUGGCCACUGCCCGCCUUCCCCCCGCCGCUGCUGCCGCCGCCCCCGCCGCCCUACUUCUUCCUGUCGCCUCCCUGCUGAAGACCCGGCCCUUCCCGCCCAGGAGGGACUGCGGGCGGGUUUGAAUACUAUCACUAAAGUCAUCUGCUCAAGUUUGUAUGGCUUCGUGGAAACUCAGACAUGCCUUCCAAGUCUUAAGAAGUCAAACUUUCAGCUGAAAUAGAUCCUAGGGUCCCUUGGGCCUGGGAGCACCAGGAAACCAGUGGUGCUGAUGGACAAUCGAUACUGGGCCUUGGAACAGGAGUGUCACAUGCAAGGGCUGUGAAGUCACACCCACAGGAUAGGAAAGCUCCCAGGCCCUCCUGCCCUCUGAGCCAAGACUCAGACAGUGAACAAGGACAAGACAAUGUGGGCUCCUAAAGAAGACAACAUUCUCAGAGCUUCAGAUGGAUAACUGCUGCUGGUGGAAAGUGACAAAU